AUGUCAAGUUUACAAGGUUAUAUAGAGGAAUUUAACAAAAGUGUCAAGAAUCAUGAUGCAAAGUCAUUGAGACAAUUAACGACAAUCAACCCUGGAGAUAUAGCUCAAAUAAGAAAAAAUUUCGAAUUACCAACUGAAUUUGAUUUAUAUUCUACACCUGAAAAAUUCAAAUCAGUUAUAAUUUCUUAUCUAAAUGUUUUAAAAUCAAUAUACAUUAAGCAAAGUUUAAGUUUAUCAUUUGAAAAUUUGAAUGAAAUGUGUAAUCAAUUAAUAAGAACUGGUGAAUCCCAAGAUAAUUGGAUUAUGCCAGUUAUUAUUUCAUCAUGUGAAGAAUUAAUUUUAAUUUAUAAAGUUAAACAAUCAAGAGAACCUGAAAAUUUAGAUUCUUAUUUAGAUGAUACUACUGAUGAUGGAUUUAUAAACGGUGGUAAUAACAAUGUUAAAAAAUCAUCACUUGAAGAACUAAUAUUUACAUUUAGAAAAGGUUUUAAUUUAACUUUUAAUGAUAAGAACCUAGAUAAUAAAUCAAGUAAAAGAAAUGAUGUUUACUUUUUUGCUUCUAAUUUUGUAAAAUAUUGUUUUAAGAUGGGGAAAUUAGCAUUAGCUAAAAGUAUAAUGAAAGCAAUUAAAACCGUUAAACAACAAUUACCAAAAAUGUCUCAAAGUAUAAAUACAAGGAAACAUGGUAUAACUUUUUUGUAUUUCCAAUCAUUAAUAGCACUUGACGAUGGUGAUUACAAUGCAAGUGAAACCUCAUUGGAUGAAGCAAUGGAUUUAUUGCAGGAUUAUAAAAUCAAAGAUAGUAUCCAAUUGCAACAAAUUUUAAUUAUACUAGUGCCUUUAAAGUUAUUUAAUAAAGGAAAACUACCGAAUAAGAUCAUAUGGACAAAAUUUAAAAAACUUAAAUAUUUAUACGAAGAUAAUUUUUUAAAGGCAAUAAAAGAGGGUAAUUUAAAAAAGUAUGAUGAAUGUAUGGAAAAAUUUGAAAAUUUUUUAUUAAAAAGACAUCUUUAUAUCAUAAUGGAAUUAUUAAGACAAUUUACUCAAUUAAAUUUAUUUAAAAAGAUUACAUUCGUAAUAAAUGAUACGAACAAUAAACUGAUACAAUUAAAUGCUUAUCAAAUUGGUUUUGAAUUUUCUAUGAAUUAUGAUCAGAAAAACAAUUAUAAAAUAAAUUCACUGAAUUCUUCUUCAAGAAUAUUAAAUAAAAUUGAUAUUUUGGAAAUUGAAAAUAUUAUUGCGAAUUUAAUUACAAAUGGUUUCAUAAGAGGAUUUCUAAGUAAUAGUUCUAAUGUUGUUGUAUUAUCUAAACUGAAUCCUUUUCCAAAAAUUUAUAAUGUUAAAUUAGAUCGAAAAUUUUGA